AUGGAGGGUCGUUCUUUGGGUUUAAUAAAAGGUUCAUGGACCCGAGAAGAAGAUACUCUUCUAAGGAAGUGCAUAGAGAAAUAUGGAGAGGGAAAAUGGCAUCUGGUUCCUURUAGAGCAGGUCUACGGAGAUGUCGAAAGAGCUGUAGAUUGAGAUGGUUGAACUAUCUUAAACCGGAUAUCAAGAGAGGGAAAUUCACGUUGGAUGAAGCUGAUCUCAUAUUUAGGCUCCACAAACUCUUAGUUAACAGAUGGUCGUUAAUCGCAGGUAGACUGCCCGGGAGGACGGCCAAUGAUAUCAAGAAUUACUGGAACAGUAAACUGAGCAAGGAGAAUCAGCCCCUUUGUCAGACA